AUGAGAGCUAACCCCAGGGUGGAAGGCGAUGAACCUACCACUACCCCAACCACUGAGCUGUUAACCACUUCACCUAGUACCCCCGGUGUGAUUCCAACCUGGGUCCUAGAGGUGGAAGGCGAUGAACCUACCACUACCCCAACCACUGAGCUGUUAACCACUUCACCUAGUGCCCCCGGUGUGAUUCCAACCUGGGUCCUAGAGGUGGAAGGCGAUGAACCUACCACUACCCCAACCACUGAGCUGUUAACCACUUCACCUAGUACCCCCGGUGUGAUUCCAACCUGGGUCCUAGAGGUGGAAGGCGAUGAACCUACCACUACCCCAACCACUGAGCUGUUAACCACUUCACCUAGUGCCACCGGUGUGAUUCCAACCUGGGUCCUAGAGGUGGAAGGCGAUGAACCUACCACUACCCCAACCACUGAGCUGUUAACCACUUCACCUAGUGCCCCCGGUGUGAUUCCAACCUGGGUCCUAGAGGUGGAAGGCGAUGAACCUACCACUACCCCAACCACUGAGCUGUUAACCACUUCACCUAGUACCCCCGGUGUGAUUCCAACCUGGGUCCUAGAGGUGGAAGGCGAUGAACCUACCACUACCCCAACCACUGAGCUGUUAACCACUUCACCUAGUACCCCCGGUGUGAUUCCAACCUGGGUCCUAGAGGUGGAAGGCGAUGAACCUACCACUACCCCAACCACUGAGCUGUUAACCACUUCACCUAGUACCCCCGGUGUGAUUCCAACCUGGGUCCUAGAGGUGGAAGGCGAUGAACCUACCACUACCCCAACCACUGAGCUGUUAACCACUUCACCUAGUGCCACCGGUGUGAUUCCAACCUGGGUCCUAGAGGUGGAAGGCGAUGAACCUACCACUACCCCAACCACUGAGCUGUUAACCACUUCACCUAGUACCCCCGGUGUGAUUCCAACCUGGGUCCUAGAGGUGGAAGGCGAUGAACCUACCACUACCCCAACCACUGAGCUGUUAACCACUUCACCUAGUACCCCCGGUGUGAUUCCAACCUGGGUCCUAGAGGUGGAAGGCGAUGAACCUACCACUACCCCAACCACUGAGCUGUUAACCACUUCACCUAGUGCCCCCGGUGUGAUUCCAACCUGGGUCCUAGAGGUGGAAGGCGAUGAACCUACCACUACCCCAACCACUGAGCUGUUAACCACUUCACCUAGUGCCACCGGUGUGAUUCCAACCUGGGUCCUAGAGGUGGAAGGCGAUGAACCUACCACUACCCCAACCACUGAGCUGUUAACCACUUCACCUAGUACCCCCGGUGUGAUUCCAACCUGGGUCCUAGAGGUGGAAGGCGAUGAACCUACCACUACCCCAACCACUGAGCUGUUAACCACUUCACCUAGUGCCCCCGGUGUGAUUCCAACCUGGGUCCUAGAGGUGGAAGGCGAUGAACCUACCACUACCCCAACCACUGAGCUGUUAACCACUUCACCUAGUGCCCCCGGUGUGAUUCCAACCUGGGUCCUAGAGGUGGAAGGCGAUGAACCUACCACUACCCCAACCACUGAGCUGUUAACCACUUCACCUAGUGCCCCCGGUGUGAUUCCAACCUGGGUCCUAGAGGUGGAAGGCGAUGAACCUACCACUACCCCAACCACUGAGCUGUUAACCACUUCACCUAGUGCCCCCGGUGUGAUUCCAACCUGGGUCCUAGAGGUGGAAGGCGAUGAACCUACCACUACCCCAACCACUGAGCUGUUAACCACUUCAUCUAGUACUCUACAUAAGCAAAAUACUCCCCAAAUGUUUAAAGGAACAGAACUAUUCAUCUUUACAGAUCCUUACAAUUAA